AUGUCCGCCGUCCUUAUUGCGACUCAAAGCUACUUAAAUACAUGCCAACAAACCAGCCAAUGCGAAGUGUACCCCUUAUUGGCGAUCCUACGAGGCAAUGCUCUGUAUUCAAUACAGUGGGGUUCAAGCUUGAUCUUAGAGUUAGUUGCGGCGGACCUUAGUGACAAAUGUCUCAUGGCUUUGACGUACGACAAUUAA